AUAUUGUAGUUCACUAAGAAAUUUUCAUUCCUUUAAAGGUUGAUCACUUGGAACCAUGGGAAAGAGGAAGUCGAAAAACGUCAGGACAAGUUGGAAUGUGUGGUGGGGUAAGUAUGACAUACAUAGAACAGACAAUGAUCUGAGGGCAGAAAGGGAUGGACCUGGUCAGUCUUGCUAGCAAAUCCAGGGCACUGAACUCCUCAGUAAAAAUACCUCAGUAAAAAUACCUGUGAUAAAAAUCUGAUCACAUCCAUGAUCAUCACUUAUCAACCUAUUAUAGAGGUUCGGAUUUGUCUUUCGCUACCACGUCCUCUCACUGGCUUAGUAUUAGGCUUGGGCAGUUUUUCUUAAAAUAAAAACCGUUAAACCGUCCAAUUCUAAACCGGUAAAACCGAAAAAUCAUUUUUUCCCCUUCAAAUUUUGCUUAAAACUAAGUAAAGAGGAUUGUGGGCUUUGUGGUGUCAGCAAUAAUUUUUUUGACCUCAGAAUACGAUCAUACACAGCAAAUCGCAAAUUGUGUAAAUGUACCUUAACUUGAUUUCUAUUUUGAACUGAAAGAAGUCAAGAAAUGCAAUUUGAAAACUUUAAUACUGUUAUACAGUACACAUUUGACUGCAUGAUUAUACAGUAAACAACUGCAUAAAUCACUGCAAACGAUCAUUCACCACAACCUCGUUCCCAGGCUCUUCCCUCUUUGCAUUCACCAAAGACAAACCAAAACUUUAAGAACACAUUAUAACUUGUCAAAAAAGUGAGAAAGCCCAGAAAUGUUUCGAGUAAAAAUUUCAGGUUUUUUUAGUGAAGAAAAUCAACAUGUCAACCUUGUGUGGUUCCAGUAGUGACCGCUUGUCGGUAACAAUAUUACCAGCGACACUGAAAAGUAAUUCGGAUGUGAAUCAGAAGCCCCAGAAUUCCAGAAACCUUUUUUGAUCGCACACCGAUGUCGGCCUUUAUACAGUAGCAGCCAUGAAAUUAAGACUUGUUAAGUGCACAAUUUUACCGCGAUGACAUUACAUAAUUAUGUAAUGACGGUUUUUCUAAAAGCUAAACCGAAAAAAAAGUUUUAAACCGCCCAUGCCUACUUACUUACCACUAUUUAGCCACAGGAUUUUUUGUUAUGCCUUAGAAAUUUCGUUCUUGUUACAGGUGCGAGGUGUUGGUGCAGGCGGCAUUAUCUCCACAGCAUUCUGUUUACUAUACAAGUUGUUUACAUUGCGUUUAACAAGAAAGCAGGUGAAUGGAUUAAUCAAUCACACAGACUCACCCUACAUCAGAGGCCUUGGUUUCAUGUACAUUAGGUAUGUGCAUACAGGUAAAGUGCAAAAACUAAACUUCUAUUUUCAUUGGAGACAAGAAAUAAAAUAAAAUGGAAAAGCCUGCAAUAUCCCACAGUGCAGACCUUCAAAUAGGAAAGCAUAUUAUAAUAGCUGCCCUCCCACUUGACUUUUUAUUCAGUCAAAGGCUGCCUAACAAUGCAAAUUACUUGAGAUUAGGCUGGGGCGGUUCUCGAAAAAACCCCGAAACCGUCGGGGGGAAAAACCUGUCUUUUAUCUGUAAAUAACAGACAUAAAAUCGUGUAGCACAUGUUUUUAUUAUGUGAAGAAUUUGAGUUUUAGAUGCUUUUCAGCUAGGGUUAGCUUCAGCUAGGGUUAGCUAAAACAUUAGCCUUUUUAUCUCGUUUUUUUCCCGUUCUUUGUCUUUUUCCAUUUUUUCCGUGCUUGGAUUUUGGCAAAACCGAAAAACUGGUUUUAAAAAAAUACGGUAUUUUCCAACAUCCCGAAAAACUGCCCCAGCCUGCUUGAGGUGCAAGGUACUCAUUUAAAAUUUGUUUUGCUAAAAUCUUAAAACAAACUUCAAUUUUUGCCACUAUUGUGUUUUUUGCUCUCCAGGUUUUCACAACCGCCUGCCGAUCUUUGGGACUGGUAUGAACCUUUCUUAGAAGAUGAAGAGGUAAGGUACUGGGUACAGAUGAAGUGUUUAGUAGGCGGAAAUUUCGAAUGUGAAUUGUACUAGGACUGUUCGGUAUACCGAUAUACCGAAAAUAUCGGUAUUAAAUCAAUAUCGGUAUAUCGAUACCGGAUAUUCAACCAUACCGAUAUACCGAAAUUUCGAUAUACCAGAAUUUUUCGGUAUACCGUGUUAAAUUUACCAACUAUAUGGCGAAACCAUAACCUUUAUUUUACUACUGAAUGGCAAUUCACAGAACUUUCUACUGCAAUGAUUUAGAAUUUCCACUUCAGUGAGAUUUUACACUGAGUACAUGUUGUUCGAAACAUGUUCGAAAUUAUCGUUUUCCCAUUUAGAAUUACUCAAAAUUUCCUUCAAAUUUCCAUUAAAGAAUUUUCCUUUAUAAUUAUCAAAGGAUAACCGGUAUACCGAUAAUAUCGGUAUAAUUUUUUCGGUAUACC